AUGUCUAAGCCUGCCCCCCUAGAUGUCUUUGGAAGUCCUGGAGACGGACCUGACUAUCAUGCGCUUGGUUGGGUGUCGACCUUUGCUCUUAUGACAAAAACACAGAUAGGCCUUGGCGUGCUUUCAAUCCCUACAAGCUUUGAUAUCCUUGGGCUUGUCCCGGGGAUGUUUACCCUCUGCCUCAUCGGCUUGAUCACCGGCUGGUCAAAUUAUAUGGUUGGCGCUUUUAAGCGCAACCAUCCGGACGUUUACACGAUAGACGACGCUGGAUAUAAAAUGCUUGGGCGAUAUGGACGCGAGUUCCUCGCAGUCAGUUUCAUGCUCAAUUGGAUCUUUAUUUCUGGCUCAGCCAUGUUGGGCAUCUCGAUCGCAUUCAACGCCGUUUCUAAACAUACCGCAUGCACUGCUGUGUUCGUCGCAGUCGCAGCCGUUCUCACUUUCACCUUUGCAAGCAUCCGAACUCUCGGCAAGAUAGGAUGGCUUGCCUGGAUUGGCCUUGUUUGCAUCAUGACCGCCAUCAUUACUGUCACCAUCGCUGUUACGCUCGAAGAUCAACCCGCUUCCGCUCCCCCCAUGAAUGGUGGUUGGAAGCCAGACUGGAAACUAUUCGGCAAUCCCAGCAUCCAGCAGGCUUUCAGUGCAAUCGGUUGUCAAGUCUUUGCCUUUGCUGGCACGCCCGCGUUCUUCUCGAUAGUGGCAGAGAUGCGCGAGCCCAGACAUUACACCCGCGCCCUGACGUAUUCCCAAUCAGUUGUGGCUGCAGUGUAUAUUGUCAUUGGAUGCGUUGUCUAUGUCUCCUGCGGUUCUUAUGUCUCAUCUCCUGCACUCGGUUCUGCGGGUCCUAUAAUCAAGAGGAUCUGCUAUGGCUUUGCGCUUCCCGGCCUACUUGUUACUGCCAUGAUCGUCACUCAUAUCCCGGCAAAAUACGUCUUCCUCCGUAUCCUCCGUGGUUCUGAGCAUCUUCACCGCAACAGUCUCGUCCAUUGGGGGACUUGGCUUGGCUGUACAGCCGGUAUUACCGUGACUGCAUACAUCAUUGCAAGCGCCAUCCCUAUCUUUGGCUCUCUUGUAUCGCUCAUCGGCUCAACUUUUGGUACUUUGCUCUGCUUCCAGCCAUAUGGGGGUAUGUGGCUCUAUGACAAUUGGAAGGGAAAGCAUCGUGGCACAGGUAUGUGGAUGGUGGGUGUGUGCUGGAGCAUUAUAGUCAUUAUUGUUGGCACAGUGAUUAUGGUAUUAGGCACGUGGGGGACAGUGCUCGAAAUCAUCACGGCUAGCCGCACCUCUACAGGUUCUGCAUGGUCGUGUGCUAAUAAUUCCUAA